UCUCAACUUUCACUGGUGAUUUUCCAUUCGAUUUGUCACAUUAAAAUUAUUCGCUACAACAAUGUUUCUUCGACAAGCAUACGGCCGACUAUCCAAUGCAUUAUCUCCCAACGUCACAGGUAAAGACACUUUUUAAUUCUAGUAUAAAAUUAUGCAUGCGAAAGUUUGUUGUGAUCUGGAAAGGAUUCGUCACAAAAGCUUCCACAAGUACCAGCUAUGUUUGUAUUUUUUCUUGAAGGAUUGAACUAUCUUAAGACUUUUUGAAGCCUAGCAUUUAAAUUCCAAGACUUAGGGGGGUAAUUGUGGGUGUAUUAUGUAAAAUUUUACAUCUUUUUUUGAAUUCGAAAAUGGUUUGGCUUUUGUUUUGCCAAUUUCCCAAAAUGUUCAAGCGUUACUUUCGCAAUCGUGCGCGUGAUCUUCCAUAUUCCCUGAUUUAAUUAUCAUCACUUGAAUUAUCCUAUUGUUCUACCAGUAAAGUAGUUUUCUUCUGUUUCGAUCGACCGUUAUCUAAAACUACUCAGAGCACGUCUGUUCUGCUUUGUCGGUGUAACAUUCCAGGGUAACUCUCAAGGGAUUUUUUACUAGUAAUAUUUUUGCCAGAUACAGGAUAGCAUGUAAAUAAAACACGUGGUUACUGAAUUUGACACCUGAUCACGUCUUACACCAUAAAUAAAUUUUUAACCUCUCAGGAAGAGAAAAACUUCAAUAAUUGCAUGACUCAAUGAUUCCAGUCCUAGUAUAAUUGAUAUAUCUCUCAACUUCAGAUAACAGACAGGAAAUCUUUCCCCCUCCUGCCACUCCCAUAGAAAACCGUCUGUCAGUUGUUGAUGGCAACAUGAUUUUGUAUGAAGAAUUCUUCACUCAAAGCUGUGUACAUCCAAACAAAAGAAAUCUUGGUUUUGAAAUAAAUUUUCCAGAACAAUGAUUAAAAUUUUUGUCUAGCUUUAAUGUAGAAUCUACUCCACAAGUUCUUUUGUCUUCCUUUAAACUAGAAUUUUUCAUAACUUUCAGUUUACCAGCAUAUCCUUACAACAUUACUCUGUAUUAAAGAAGAUAAUCCCAUGAAAUGUGGUUAGCUUAGUGAAGCUCAUGAUUAUGGAGUCUAGGAUAACUAUAAACCCAUAUCAAACUUGACCAUAAACAUAGGGUCUAAUGAAAAUGGUAAGUUUGAGUAAAAUUCAAUUCGUCAAAAGUUUUUUUCUGCUUCUGCCAAGCAUCUAGAUAUUAUUACUAUGGAUAAACAUACUAGUGGCAGAGGAAGAACUGCAUUUGAAUUCAAUGGCCAUGAUGAUGUCUAACUUCUCUCUAGUCAUCUAUUAUUCAUUCUUUAAAAAAAAAAAAAACAGAAGGGAAAAAACCAAACAAAUGGAAAAAUUCAGUAUUAGAGAAGAUUGGUUGGAAGAGGGAUUCCCUCCUCCAUUUUCUUGAUAUCAUGUUUGUCUUCUGUGUUUUGUGUUAACCAAGUACUAAUUUUGUGUUUCCCUCGGUCAAACAUGAACUUUAGACGCUUUUAAUAUUAAGUUAUUAAGAUGGGUGAAUUUUUAUGUUUCAACUAAUGAAGGAUUGUCAAAAACUAUUUUACAGAAAAACUUGUUGCCCGGUUUAGUUCAUCAACUUCAGCCUCCAAACCCAAGGUAAUAAAUAGUAAGAGUAACAAUUCUGUAACUCCUUGAAGUAAUUAACAUGUAACUUCUCCCUAAAAAUAUCCGCAUGUUAUUCAGCAAACAGGUAUUGAGAAAACUUGAACUUAUCAGCUAAUAGUUGUUAUCAUGACAUGACACCAAAUUCUCGUAACUGAUUUACAAGGAAUGUGUAGCAACUAGAGUUGAGAAUUAACAAUCAGGUCUUGGUAGUCAAAGGGUUAACAUUAACAACCAAAGAGUUUAUGGAGUAGUGCUCAAUAUGACACCUGUUACAAAAGUGUGAAGGAAACACAAAUAUUUAAACAUUGGUUUGCUUUUUGUUUUUAGAAAACAACCCAGUUGAGAAAGAUGUUGGAAUCACCAGAACUAGAAUUCAUCAUGGAAGCACAUAAUGGAUUGAGUGCUAAAAUUGUACAAGAGGCUGGUAGGUUGGUAAUACUUAAUAUGAUCACCCACAGUUGUCCCUAGGCACUGGCUACUGGCAAUAUUCACCAAUUGAAAAAUGGGCAAAUUGGUGGCUAGACUUUUGGGUAGUGAUUGCUAUGUGAAGCACUUGAAAUUUCAGCCAGUAGCCUAAUUUCUUAGCUACAACCCUGAUAAUUUGAUCAAAAAAUUAGAUAUAUAAUUAGCAUGGCUCUACAUGGCAAGCCUAUGUAGUCACUUAGGAUGAUUAUUUUAAGGAAAUAAAUUCACAAGGGAAUGAAUCCUUUCACUUCCCUGACCAAUUAAUCAUUUCUCCUCUAUGUUAUAACCUCAGUCAGGUAUUUCAAUAAGAGCUGGUAAUGGGCAAUGUCCUCCAUCAAUAUCAAGCAAAAUUGCCGCUUAUUUUCUCUAAAAUUAAUAACAUUAGAAUAAAGAUUGAACUUCUAUUAGCACUGUCAGUGGCUUUAAUAUCUUUGGUUUGGUUUUUUUUCACCACAAUAAUCCUUGUCUUAUUUCUAAGGAAAUGACACUACAGUGAUACCAUUUUGCAGGUUUUAAAGGUGUCUGGGGUAGUGGUUUGUCAAUCUCUGCCCAGCUGGGAGUACGCGAUAGUAACGAAGCAUCUUGGACUCAAGUCAUGGAAGUGAUGGAAUUCAUGAGUGAUGCCACAGACAUCCCAAUAUUACUAGAUGCUGAUACUGGUUAUGGUAACUUCAAUAAUGCUCGACGUUUGGUGAAUAAACUUGAACAGAGAGGUAUUGCUGGAGCAUGUAUUGAGGACAAGCUUUUCCCCAAGACGAACUCUUUAUUAGAUGGCAGAGCACAGCCACUGGCUGAUAUUGAUGAGUUCUGUGCAAAGAUCAAAGCUUGCAAAGGUAAUAUUUUCUGGUGACAACUUGAGUAACCCCUUACUCCCUAACAUCAAUAAACUGCUAAAUUUUUUUCAUUGGAUCUUUUAUUAGAUACACAGACAGACCCAGAUUUUAGUAUUGUUGCAAGAGUUGAAGCUUUUAUUGCUGGGUGGGGCCUUGAUGAAGCUCUCAGAAGAUCAGAAGCCUACCGCAAUGCUGGGGCUGAUGCCAUCUUGAUGCACAGCAAGAAAUCUGAUCCUUCAGACAUUGAGGCUUUCAUGAAAGCUUGGAAAAACCAGGUGCAUCAAUGACUGUUGACAAAAGUUUAAUAUUUAAAGGAAACUUUAUUUCAAGCUGAAUAACUACCCAAUCUCACAUCUACCCCUGUACCAAAAUGUUUUCAAGUGAUCUAGUAAAGUAACACAUACCAGGGCGGUUGAAAGAUACCCAUGACCCUUCUUUAUGAGAUAAUUGUUCUCAAUCCACAAAAUACAAACUUCAUAAUUCUGGGGAUGGAGGCUCAUGAAUCGCAAGAAUCUGUGUGCCUGGCAGAAAUCUUUUCCAUUACCUAAUACUCCAUUUAAUGGUCCUUCUCAUCAUGUGGAUGUAAGCCCUCUAACACAGAUGGUAGAACAAAGCUGUCAGCUACCUCACCAAGGGUGCGCAGAUAUUCAUAACUAUGACCUUCCCCCUAUUUUUGUUUGAAAAGUCGUAGCUAUGCUUGUUGAUAUUAAGAAGAAGCAAUUUCUAAUUGGGGUUUCAUGUAGUUCCAAGGGUUGCUCUUUGAAUAAACCUCAGUGAUAACUCAAAUUUUUUAAAGAUCAGUUAUAACCAAGUUAUCUCACGAUCUUUAUUAACAGGGUCCAGUAGUAAUUGUACCAACCAAGUAUUACACUGUGCCAACAGACCAGUUCAGAGACUGGGGUGUGUCUCUUGUGAUCUGGGCCAAUCACAAUUUGAGGGCAUCAAUAACAGCAAUGCAGAACACCACACAGCAAAUCUACAAAGACCAGUCACUUGUUAAUGUUGAAAAGAAGGUGAGGUGUUAACCAACCCUUUACACCCCAACAUCUGUAUGCAAAUUCUCCAUACUGUUUUCUAUACAUUUCCCAAGGUUUUAACAAAGAGAAUUUGUUAAACAGUCAAGAGCUUCCUUAGUUGGCAAUCAUUUCCUUGAUUUCAUGACCUAAAUGCAUGAUUCAGGGGUGAUAUUGUAAAGAGAUAUCAGAUGCUUGCCACUCUGAGGGGUUAAGACAGGUGUUUGGAAAGUGAAAAAUGGUGAGCUAGUCAGGGAGGGGAGAUUGAGUGGACAAUAAUUAAGAGUGGGGUUACAUGAGGUGACUUGGAGUUUCUUAUCCCUUUAACCCUUUAACUCCCAUGAGUGACCAAGACAGAAUUUCUCCUUACAAUAUCAAUACAAUAUCACGCAGACAGGUGAUGAGAAUAAAAAAAUAUAUAUAUUAAGUCGGGGAUUAUUAGUUUAUCCAAUAUCAAAUUCUCCAAACUAACAUUGCAAGAACUAUAUAGCAGAUAGUAAGGAGAAUUACUGAUGAGAUCUUGGGAGUUGAAGGGUUAACUCCCAUGAGUGACCAAGAGAGAUUUCUCUUAAUAAUAAUAUAUUAAUACAAUAUCAAGCAGACAGUUGAUGAGAAUAAAGAAAAAUAUAAAUCAGGGGAUUAUUAGUUGAUCCAAUACAAAAUUUUUUGAAUCAACACCAUAAAAAUUGUAUGGCAGACAGAAAGGAGAAUUACUGAGGAGAUCUUGGAGAACACAACACAAUGACCUUUAAACUAUCGAGCCAGUUGAAGGAAUUUCUGGUUACAAAUCUUAAAUUUUAGUGAUUGGUAAAUAAUCUUUUUUCAAUACAGAUUGCUGCAGUAAAGGAGGUUUUCCGUCUUCAAAAGGAUGAUGAAUUGAAGGAGGCUGAGAAGAAAUAUCUGCCUGAGAAAUAAUAGAAAAAUAAAUCCUGGAGUGAGAAACAGAUUGUAGCUAGUAUGGUCCAUGAUUUUCAAAUUGCACAACCAGAUAUGUCAAAAUUCUACUUCAUCACUUUUCUCAAGGGGCUUCCUGAGAGUUUCCAGCCCCCACCCCCUCCCCCUCACCCUGGAGAGGUGUGAAAGAAGGCUGGUAGGCUAAAUAGCCAGCUGCCUUCAUUUUUAGUCUGCUCUCCAGGCAUUGUUUAGCUUUGGCUCAAAACAUGUUCUUGAUGGGGUAUGGGGUCAUGCAACCAGACAAUGGUAU